CCUUAAACUACAAAUCCCACAAGCCUCAGCGAGGCGGAGACUCGCGAAUGAGAGGCGGGAGGGAAAGUAAACCCUCCUCAUCCCAUGAUGCAGCGGGCUCCGGGAAGUUCAUCCUCCCUUCCCAGCUUCCGUUUUGCUUCAUUUGCCCUCAGGAGGGCGGUGUUCUCCGAGCGUGUUCCGAAAUGGUGGCUUCCGCGGGUGCUCUGCGGGUCGUCAGGCGGGUCGUCGGCUUCAAUCCACGCAGGGCGCUGUGGGGAGGCGUGAGGUGAGGUAGUUGGCGCAGGAGGCGCGCGAGGCUCCCCUCGGGAGGGAUGGGGGUUUCGAGCCCACCCGGGGGGGCUGUGGGCAGGAUUGCAUGGGGUUGGACUAGAUGACCCUUGGAUCCCAUUCCAAACAAUUCUAUGAUUCUAACUCGGGGUUUCCUUUAACUGGCUUUCAGGCUUCUUGCCUUCAAUAUUAGGUGCCUGUUUCACUUAUUUUGGCUCAGCCGCAAUGGGCAGGUUUCCCCCCCAAUUUCUUGUCUCCACGCCUUUGUGAACCCGAAGGCAUAAAAGGGGUUUUUAAAAGCAAUGCUAAUAAUGGGAAGCUUGAGCUGUUUGGGAUUGCACAUGGGGAGGAAACGUAUCGCAUGCCCUCCCGUCAUUUCUCCGAUAACAAUAGGAACGUCCUCCUGCUGCAUAAUGUUAAUAAGGUUGUUAUUUUAUUAAUAAGACAGAAGUACUGUUUUGGGGGGACAGGAGGCGGGCAGGUGUGGAGGAUUCCCUGGUCCUGAAUGGGGUAACUGUGCCCCUGAAGGACCAGGUGCGCAGCCUGGGAGUCAUUUUGGACUCACAGCUGUCCAUGGAGGCACAGGUCCAAUCUGUGUCCAGGGCAGCUGUUUACCAGCUCCAUCUGGUACGCAGGCUGAGACCCUAUCUGCCCGCGGACUGUCUCGCCAGAGUGGUGCAUGUUCUGGUUAUCUCUCGCUUGGACUACUGCAAUGCGCUCUAUUGAAGAUGACCCGGAAACUACAACUAAUCCAGAAUGCGGCAGCUAGACUGGUGACUGGGAGCGGCCGCAGAGACCACAUAACACCGGUCUUGAAAGACCUACAUUGGCUCCCAGUACGUUUCCGAGCACAAUUCAAAGUGUUGGUGCUGACCUUUAAAGCCCUAAACGGCCUUGGUCCAGUAUAUCUGAAGGAGCAUCUCCAACCCCAUCAUUCUACCCGGACACUGAGGUCCAGCACCGAGGGCUUUCUGGCAGUUCCCUCACUGCGAGAAGCCAAGUUACAGGGAACCAGGCAGAGGGCCUUCUCGGUAGUGGCGCCUUUCCUGUGGAACGCCCUCCCACCAGAUGUCAAAGAGAACAACAACUACCAGGCUUUUAGAAGACAUCUGAAGGCAGCCCUGUUUAGGGAAGCUUUUAAUGUUUGAUGUAUUUUAAUAUUCUUUUGGAAGCCGCCCAGAGUGGCUGGGGAAGCCCAGCCAGAUGGGCGGGGUAUAAAUAAUAAAUUAUUAUUAUUAUUUAUUUAUACUCAGCCCAUCCGACGGGGUUGCCCCAGUCACUCUGGGCGGCUUCCAACAUAUAUGAAAACAUAAUAAAACAUUAAAUAUUAGGAAACUUCCCUAUACAGGGCUGCCUUCAGAUGUCUUCUAAAGGUUUUAUAGUUACUUAUCUCCUUGGCUCUGGGGGUUGCAUUACUCCAAAUCCUCCAACAUUUCUCCAAUGAAAAUAGGGAUGCCCUAAGGAAAAGCAGGCCAUUCUGGGAUCAAAUAGGGACACGUGGAGGGUCCGCUAUCAACCCCUACCUAAACUAUUAUUGGCAGCUGUCUGCCUCAAGAGACAAUGGAGACACUGCCUCUCUGCCUGGUCAGUGUGUAUGGGGGUCCUGGGCUGCCCAAACAACAAGACCCCCCUCUUGGCUGAUGUGAUGUGGUCCAAAGGAAAGCAGAACAAUACGUUUGGCACUAGCUUGGCUGCAGGAGUUGCUGGAAGGAGAUCUACUAGGCGCCAUCCUACCACCUUAGGGAUUCCACUCUGGACUUGUGUAGGAUUUACUCCUUAGCCUUUAAUAAUAAUAAUAAUAAUAAUAAUAAUAAUAAUAAUUUAUUUAUACCCCGCCCAUCUGGCCAGGCCUCCCCAGCCACUCUGGGCGGCUUCCAACAAAAUAUUAAAAUACAGUAAUGCAUCAGACGUUAAAAGCUUCCCUAAACAGGGCUGCCUUCAGAUGUCUUCUAAAAGUCUGGUAGAUGUUGUUCUCUUUGACAUCUGGUGGGAGGGCGUUCCACAGGGAGGACGCCACUACCAAGAAGGCCCUCUGCCUGGUUCCCUGUAACUUGGUUUCUCGCAGUGAGGGAACCGCCAGAAGGCCCUUGGCGCUGGACCUCAGUGUCCGGGCAGAACGAUGGGGGUGGUAACGCUCCUUCAAAUAUACUGGACCGAGGCUGCUUAGGGCUUUAAAGGUCAGCACCAACACUGAAUUGUGCUCGGAAACGUACUGGGAGCCAAUGUAGGUCUUAUGUGUCACAUAACCGGAGUUAUGUGGUCUCGGCGGCCGCUUCCAGUCACCCAGUCUAGCUGCCACAUUCUGGAUUAGUUGUAGUUUCCGGGUCACCUUCAAAGGUAGCCCCACAUAGAGCUCAUUUUCUUCUCCCAAAGAUGUCCUGCAAGAUGUCCCUACCUAAACAGGUGUUUUAGUGUAACAAAGAGUCUAAGAACUGGACAUGGGAGUCCUGGGUUCACAUUCAUACGGAGGUAUGCAGUCGGUCAUUCUUAGGUUGAGAAGAGUCCCAUAUUUGUAAUAAGGCUAGUGUGUGCAGGGAUUUCAGGCUCUAAUGUAAACUCCUUGUUUGUAGAUGACAAGAUAUAAAUAUUUAACACUCUAUUAAAAAGCGGUCUUCUGCCUCCUUUCAGCAAGGAGACGGGAGGAGACCCAGCAGCAGCAGAGCCAGUGAAAGAGGAGCCGGUCCUGGUUUGUCCUCCACCGCGAAGCAAAAAAUACCUCCCUCCUGAGGAUCUCCAGUCUCGCCUAGAGUCUCGCAUCAAAGAGAUAUUUGGACCCUCGGUCUCCAAGGACUGGCAAGAGGCGUCAUUGGGAGAUAGUCGUUUAAAAUAUCUUCUGUUGGCACAGCUGGCGACAGAUCUAGGCUGUGCUGUCCCUAAUUCCCAACUCCACCAAAUGAAGAGCGCCAGAGAUGUCUUGGCUUUCUACAGUACGCCUGUGAAAGACAUAUCAAAGUUUGAUGAGUUAAGCACGCAGCAGCUGCCCUCGAACCUGAAGAUCCGAUGGCAGUACUGAGCUGUGGAGAAACAGGAUGAAAACACCGUUCCAAACUCUUAUCUGUAUAGCAGCAUCACCAUGGGCACAGAUAGGAUUUUUAUUUUAUUUUACCACAUUUCCAAAGUGGUUUACUUCCUCUUUACAAGUGUUCAGUUGCAAUAGUGACUUGGUGAGAAAUAUGUGCAAGCAUCAGGCUGGUCACUGUUGAAGUAAAUGGUAAACAAUGGACCCCCAUCUCUCUUUCAACUGGUAACCUUGUCUUGCUUGAAAGCGAAGAGGAGAAAUAGAUAUCAGCAAGCAGUUGUGCAUGCUAAGCCAUUUUGUCCACAUACUUUUGUGUGUCAAUAGCUUGAUUAAAAAUAAUCAGGAAAGACAGGCAAUGAAGAAAGUGAUGGGAAUAAUUGUUAAGAAAAUAAAAUUGUCGCAACCAGUCUCCAUAUAUGUGUGUGUGUGUGUGUGUAAGUGUGUAACUGCUCAGCAGCAUUUUGGGUGAUUGCCAUUUGCUCUGUGUGGGUGAAGCUUUGCUGAGGUUUAUGCAGCCUUAAAACUGGUUGUCUCCAUCUAACGUGGGAAGUAUGCAUGAGUUGCUCAAGAGUUAUCUAUUUUGUUGUCUUGUGGUGACUGGACGUGGUUUGAAUACAACCCAAUUCACAGGUACUUUUCGCAUAGGCUACUCUGUUCAUAUAUCCAGUUAGAAAGUGAGGCAAUAUACUUGACAGUCCUGUAGUACAUUAAUUUUAAAUUUCUUCAACUUCUCUUGUAUAUUUCUGUCUGAUGGAGAGUACCAUGGAAUAGUCUUCUAAGUGUCUAAUGAUGAUGAUAAGUUGGUAGACAUAAGAAACUGGCACUGGUAGAUGCUGGCACAGGCAGACAAGACAAGGAUUCCUGGAUAUUCCCCUGUUUCGCCCCAAGGGGCUUCAUCAGCUGUGCGUAGUUCUAAAUCAUAUAAACAUGAUUGGAUUUGUGUAAUAUAGGCAUUCUAGUGGCUUUGGAAUCCUAUCCACAACCAUCCCUUGAGGGGCGCGAACCACCAACCACCUGAUUAACAGCCAGACACACUUCCCACUGUGCCACAAAAUUUCUGUGAGCAAAUGCAAAAAUAUGCUUAACUAAAAUUCAAGUAGGGGACGCGGGUGGCGCUGUGAGUUAAACCACAGAGCCUAGGACUUGCCGAUCAGAAGGUCGGGGGUUCGAAUCCCCAUGAUGGGGUGAGCUCCCGUUGCUCGGUCCCUGCUCCUGCCAACCUAGCAGUUUGAAAGCAUGUCAAAGUGCAAGUAGAUAAAUAGGUAGCGCUCUGGCGGGAAGGUAAACGGCGUUUCCGUGUGCUGCUCUGGUUCGCCAGAAGCGGCUUAGUCAUUCUGGCCACAUGACCCGGAAGCUGUACACUGGCUCCCUCGGCCAGCUAAAGCGAGAUGAGUCGGUCAUGAUUGGACCUAAUGGUCAGGGGUCCCUUUACCUUUACCUAAAAUUCAAGUAGGAGAGAUUCAGUAAGGACAAUUGUGUUCUGCUGCUGUGGCAGCAAAGACAGAAGACCCACCUGUGACAUUCUGAAAAACCCUAGUAUCACUUCACAAGAAUGUGCCACAGUGACCCUUAUGAUAGUUAUUAACUUUACAUUAACUUUACAUACAAUUUCAUGCUAAGUGGUUGACAGUUAUGAAACCAGUUACAUAAGCAUUAAAAUACAAACGUUCAUAAUUAAAAUCCACAGUAGAAGAAUCCCAUUAAAGCUGCUGCAUAAUUAAAAACUGGCCACUUGGGUCAAGAGACCAAGGGAAAUUGACUUGCUCAUCCUUUAUACUGGCAGCGAAGAAGUUCUCUCAAGCUUUCAACUUCGUUCCAAGUUGCAUCAAACCGGUUUCACAUUGCAGCCAAAUUCAGGGAACCAUUUCCGUUAAGCCAACUUAAGACCUGAAACAGCAACCUUACCCCAGUUUGUUAUAAUUCUGAUUUGGUGUAAACUGCAAUUUCCCAUAUUCAGAUAUGAACAGGAAAACUCAAUUUGUUUGAAAUGUCAAAGGGCAGUUAUGAAUGUAGGAAGGACCUGGUAGAUGAGGUCCAUGGCCCCUCUAAUAUCCUGUUACGACAAUGGCCAGCCAGAUUUUAUAUGCGUUAUAACACUGCGACACCAGAUGGUGCUGUGGAGUCCCGUCUUCCGUCAUUGUAAUUUCCCAUUAUGAAAUUUACAACGUGUUUUCCUGAAAUGCUUUUUGAUGUGUCUAGAACCAGCCUUUCACACCUGUUCUAUAAACUAAAAAACUCCCAAAUACUGCAACUUUCCCUCUUAGUGGAGUUUCUCCACCCAGUUUUGGUUUCUUAACCUUUUCCUGUUCUGCCUUAGCCUUUUCCAGUCCUUUUUUGUGAUAAAUUUAUUGCUAUCGACUGUCUAUUCAGCGGUUUGCUGGCUAUUCCUUACCCAAUGCAUAUAUUUGUAAAUAAACAGGUAGUAU